CCAAUGUCUAUCAACGAAAUUUUGGCAGCCAAAUUUUAAGCAUCAAACCUCAAUUGGCGCCACUCUUCAAUCUCGCUUUCAAUUUUCCAUGGCUUAUAUAAGUCGCCAAACAGGAUGGAAACACCUAGCUAAAUCCACCGAACGUUUUACCUCACCUGCUCUUUUUUCUCCACCUCUGAUUAGAUGCCGGGGUUAGAAAUUGAUUUGAAUGAUGAGCUGCCUGAAUCUGGCGACUUGUAUCCCAUAGAUUGGGAUGAGAUCCUUGAGUAUCAUGGGCCAGCACACCAACUUGAUUAUGAUAUGGUUUGGGACAAUGGCAGCCAAGGAGUGCAAGGAGAUGGAGCCGAUGGUCUACAAGGAGAUGGAUCUGAUGUUCAGCAAGGAGAUGGAGGUGAUGCUUCAGAACAUGUUGAAGAGCAAGGUGGUGCUGGAACAGAAGGCGUGCAAUUGCCUGAAGUUGAUGGUCUGCAAGGUGCAUCAACAAAUAGAGCUGGUGCUUCAGAUUCUAGCAACAAGAGAAGGAAGUUCUAUUCUGAUGAGCUCAAGAUCUCCAUUUAUCUAGAACUGUUAGCAAAAACAGAUCCUCUUAAACUUCGUCGUGGAGUUACAAAGGCUGUUGCAGAGAAGUUUGGUGUCCCUCUACGGAUUGUGCAGUACUGAAAAGUGCCCAAGAGGGGGGGGGGGUUGAAUUGGGCUUCUCUAAAAAAUUUAAGCAACCUAUAAGCACCAAUUCAA